CCGUGCGGCUCUCUACCUCCAUUUAAGGCGGGGAGAGUGGCGCGCUCGGCAGUUGCUGUGGUUUCCAUCGUGGGGUAGCUUGGUUAGUGGGAAAGCGGAAACGCGCGGACGUAGCGUCCUGAAUCCAGAUCCAGGUGUUGGUGGCUGCCGUUCCUGAGGUCAGCUGCACAGUGUCCCUCGUUCCGACCAGGGUCGACCCCCUGUUUUACCUUCGGCACUUGGUAUCCGUAUCUAGGUCGCUCCGGCGCGGCCGAGAAGGCCGCCUGCGAAAUGUUCAAAAACACAUUCCAGAGCGGCUUCCUCUCCAUCCUCUAUAGCAUCGGCAGCAAGCCCCUGCAGAUCUGGGACAAAAAGGUGCGGAAUGGCCACAUCAAAAGAAUCACUGAUAAUGACAUCCAGUCUCUGGUGCUAGAGAUUGAAGGGACCAAUGUCAGCACCACAUACAUCACGUGUCCUGCAGACCCGAAAAAGACCCUGGGGAUUAAACUUCCAUUCCUUGUCAUGAUUAUCAAAAACCUGAAGAAAUAUUUUACCUUUGAAGUGCAGGUGCUGGAUGACAAGAAUGUGCGUCGGCGGUUCCGGGCGAGCAACUACCAGAGCACCACGCGGGUCAAGCCCUUCAUCUGCACCAUGCCCAUGCGGCUGGAUGAAGGCUGGAACCAGAUUCAGUUCAACCUGUCAGACUUCACUCGGCGGGCGUACGGCACCAAUUACAUCGAGACCCUAAGAGUUCAGUCCUGCACCCCCAGAUCCACGCCAACUGUCGCAUCCGACGGGUCUACUUCUCAGACAGACUGUACUCAGAAGAUGAACUGCCAGCAGAGUUCAAACUCUACCUCCCGGUGCAGAACAAGGCGAAGCAAUAACUGGAAUGCCAUGAAAGCGGUGGACCCUGGGCCCGACUCUUGUUUUGAAAAAGAAACUAUCUGGAGGACAAUGCAGAAAAAAAAUAUUUAUAUUAGUUCACUGUGCUGUGGUUCUUUUAUCUGCUGCUGAGUGUCCCUUGUGGACACCAGUGACCACGCCGUCCGUAAUUGCAUUGUAAGUACGGGGGGGGGGGGUACCCGACUGCCGGAGUCUGUCCCGCCGCCCGCCCCAGCCUGUGGGGAGGUACGUUACCACGAGCUUACAGAAUUAAAGUGUCAAUUUCAGACCAACAUGUCUUUCUAUGGUUUGUUCUUUGUUAUAUGUUAUUCAAAUGUAUGUAUAUGCUGUGUAAUACUCAAAAUCGGGAAGUGAAUAAAAUGUUAUAUUCUUG